AUGAAGUACAUCGCUUUGCUUUGCCUGAUCGUCGCUUUCGUCAUCGCUGGACCACCGUUUCCAUUAUCCGACGAUAACUUGUCUCCUCAAUGUCAAAUUCCGAAAUGUCCAGCCAAAGCUAACGAUGGCGCGCCGAUCACUUUGCCCUAUCCCUUAGAUUGCCUGCAAUACAUCAUCUGCGAAGAAUCCGGUCCACGCACCGUCGCAUGUCCAGCAGAUUUGGUCUUUAAUAAGAAUACUGGUAAAUGUGAUACUCGGCAAAAUGCCAACUGUAUACCUUGCUGGCAAGGUUGAGUCAGAUCGAACAUCUAUCGAGCAUGUCCACAGAAAGAAGAAAAGUAGAAAAUGUAUGCUAAGAAUCUAAUAUUACAAGUUGUCUUACGUCAUUUUAAAAAGUACCUAGUAAUAUAAAUAAAAUUUAUCGUUUUUUAAUAUAAAUAUUUUAAAUAUAAUAUAUAAUAUUCCUUAAUUUUGUUAAAAAAGAAAGAUUUUUAUUUAUAUGGUAAAAUGUAUAACUGAAAGGAGGAAUUAUAUUCCUGUACUUAAAAUGAGGUAUAUUAUGACGUGUGUUUGGAGAAUUGCAAAUAUAAUUUUUAAUUUGUAGAAAUCGGUCGAUUAUGGGAAACUAAAAAGAGACAACCAGAAAAUUUGCCUAUUCUAUUUCAAUAAACUAUUUCGUAGUUAUCUGCAUUUCCAUUGUGUUUCAGGCUGAGAAAUUCAUAUUUCUCCAUGUUCUCCAUUCUUGGCUUAUAACAAACGCGGCCGUUACUCAGCCAUUAAUAGGUUUUCAUUGUUUUAUUCUCCAGUUUCGACGUCAGUAUUUUUAAUGUCGCGAUAGCCGUGAUAGUCGUACG